AUGCUGAUAACAGCCGCCCACGAGUCCAGUCGGCCUGUACAGUUUGCCGAAAGCUGUGACAAAACAAAGCCUGUUUGCAACAUUUGCCGCAAGAACAAUGCGUCUCAUCAGUGUGUGUACUUAGAGCCCUCUUGGGUCAAAACUACUACUAAUGGCGAAGCCAAGUCGCCGCUUAAGCAAGAACAGAAGAAGCCAAGUCCCUUGGCAGAGAUACGGUAUAAGCUGCGGAAGCUGGAGGCAUCCAUGGCCAUCAAAGAUCCGGAGACAAAUGUCGGACAAAUUGAUCCGGAGGAAACGAUGGAAUUUUAUCCUAAAAAUAUAAAAUUCGACCACGUCAAUUGCACUGUGGCCACGAUGUUUGGAGCCCUUUCGCUGAAGGGAGUAAUACAGAAAGACCCGAUCUUAAACGCAUUAAGGGAUCGGUUCAGCACCAAAUCUGUGAAGGAGAAGAUUUCCGAACCGGUUGGUGAUCCCUCUGCAGACCUGGCUCUUGAGAAAAAGUUCCGGAGCCGCCUUUUGGAGACAAUUCUGAAAGACGAUUUGAGUAAAGAGCCGUUAUCACAGAACGAUAAGCACAAACGAACGCCCCUAGCAAAGCUUUACUUGAGCCGAAACAAGGUGAGAGUAGAGCUUGAGAUUGUAGAGCGUGUUUCGGGCGUUGCUCCGCCAAAAAAGGCAGCCUGGUUGUUGAUUGAUCGUUACUUCAAGUUUGUUCAUCCAUUCUUCCCAUGCAUGGAUCAGGAGCUCUUUCUGGGCCAAAUGCGAAACAUGAUUGGUCCCAGAUCGUCUGAGGAUGUUCCGAUUCAGUUCAACAUUGAACGAAGAAUGGACCUUUUGACUUUAGCAUUGUUUUUCGUGGUUAUUCGUUUUGCAUAUCUCACGUUCUUCGAUGGUGGGGUGCCCAUUGAUGCUGAGUCCGACGAGAUGAAAUACCUUCUAGCUCAUGCAGUUAAGGAACACGUGAUAGUGGCUGCUCAGAUUUGUGUUACACCUUUUCAACUACUCAAACUAUGCACUUUGGAGUAUAUCCAAAUAGCACUGCAUUUGAAAGUGUAUCAGCAGCUUGCGCCUGAAGAGGGUGAUGUUGCCGAUUCGCAGGUGUUGACUGGGAUGAUCUACCAAAUGGCAAUUUCCAUAGGAAUGAACAGAGAUCCUUCGGGCCACUCCGAGUUCCAAUUGGACCAUCGUGGGACCAAUUUAUGGCGGAAAAUGUGGUAUACCAUUAUCUCCUUCGACACCUUCAACGGCUUCCUGCUGGACAGAUUACCUCCAGUGGUGACUUCCUACUUUGACACCAGAUUGCCAAACUUUGGUGGAGUCCAGAAUGCCAACAAUUUGGAUCUUACCCUCGAAAAAGAAACAAUCGACAACAUGCUGGAGAAGAGAGGUCUGGAUGAACGAUACAAAGCCAUCACCAAUAUGGCCUUGGACAUCCGCAACCCUCCCAAAGUGACGUCAGUCAUUGAUGCUGUAAAUGACCUCGAAGCUUAUUUGCUCGCUCACUAUAGUGGGUACGCCGACCUUUUGACUCCGUCAAAUGGUAUUCAUGUGGAUAACGUACGAAAGGCCAAACGGGUGAUGCAGUACACUGACUGUUGUUCACUGGUGAUAACGGUAUUAUACCAUUUGUUUCUUCACUUUGAAUCCCAACAGAACGCUAGCCUUUCAUUCCAUUUCCUCCAAAAGUGUCUUACGAUGAGCUUUGAGGUAUCCACCAACUGCUGCUCUUUAUUGAAUAGGAUGAAAGUAUUCUUCGGACCUGGUUUGGAACCAAUAGUCACUCCAACAAUUCAGUUUGCGCUUCAGUCCAUGUUUUGGUUACAGUAUAGUAUUUACCUGAGGUGCAAGCAUUGUAUGUACUAUUACACUGUUCAGGGGAAUCUAUAUCCUGAUCUCAAACAGAAGUUCGAUCUUUUGGCUGAAAGAUCGCGCCACACCAUCAAGGUGGCCCUGUAUUAUUUCCGGAAAAAUGCCAAGCGCAACUAUUUUGCGUGGAGAACAGUCAAACUGCAACUCUACAUCACUGAGAGAGUCAAGCAGGUUAGAGAUUGCUUCUUCAACCCAGACACUCACCAAACGAAUGCCUUUGUGGCUCCUCGAUCGAACAUUUUCUUCAAGUACUCCACAGAUCAGCUGGAUGACCUGUACACUAUUUGCAGUCUUGACAGGAUUAGUUUCUACGGACCUCAGGAAUCUGAGGUUGCGGCCUCACUUGACGGAGAUGGAGUGUCUGGAUUAGAGAGCUUAGACAGCGCGUGGUUUGAUGUCAUGGUCCACAACCAAUUGGACCAGUUCCUUGGUGAUUCAUAUCUUUCCAGCGAUCUCGCAGUCGACCGAACUGGCUUCCUGGAUGCACCUCUAGGAGACUUCAGUUUCCGGUAUAUGUGA